AUGGCUGAAGUAAUGCAGCUGCGCGCCAACGGCGGCUCGUCAGCUUCGGCUCAGCCUGGCCUCCAGCGCCAGCCUUCCUUCUCCUCGUUCCCUCCGUCGCGAAGCCCCUCGGCCGUCUCCCUGCGCAAUGAGAACAAGCGGCCGCCACGCUCUCCACAGCCACCAAUGGUCCGCGAAGACGAUGUCUCGAUCGACGAACUGUCCCAGGCUUCAUCCUUUGGCGACACAAGACACGCGCGGCUGCGCUCCCAGUACCCCGCCGACUCCAUCGAGAACCAUGUCGAGUACAUCCUCGUGGCCUCCUUUGACAUUGACCGCGGGUCGGUCAUGGAGCACCAGUAUCCGGGGCCUAUAAGCGGGGAUGAGACCAUGCUGGCAGAGCUCAUGUUGCCUGACCAGACGCACAUGCGGAGUCAGGAUUGGACUAUAUUCUUUUUGCACAAGGACACAAGUGCGGAGGAGGAGGAGAAGGAGGCGCGGAGGGAAAGGCGGAGAAAGGGCAAGCGGAAAGAAAAUCAUGAUGCCGAUGGGGACGACACCACGGCCGGCGCAGAGGAGUACGAUGAGCCGGACGACGACGACUCCUCGUCCGAGAGUGAAAACGAGAUGGACUCCGAUGGCCCGCCGCUGGUCUAUGUGCUCAACCUGGUAAACACGAAACAGGACAAUACCGUGAAAAGAGGAGCCAUCGUCAAAGCCAUGGCCAUCUGCACGCGACACCCCUUCCUACACAUCUACAAACCAUUACUACUACUUGCUCUUGAAGAGUACUUCCGAGCCCCAGUCAUGGAGACGCUUGCAUCUCUCUACAAUGCGCUCAAUACCAUGGACCUGUCGUUGCUCCCCAAACUCUCCAUGUUCGAGAACUUCGUCCUACAAGCGACCGACGCCAAAGACAUGUUUAUCGAAAAGUUCGAGCAGAUGAUACGACAGCGCAGAGCUGAAGAUGCAGAGCGAGCUUCUCUUCCAUCAGCGUCCUCCUCCGACCUCCAAAGAAAGAACUACGCACCUCCCAGAGAUACCCACGAAUUCGAGUCCAAAGUUCUAUACAACGGCGUUCCCGUUCCCAUCAAAGUACCUACCGCAUUGAGUCCCGAGACAGUGGGCGACUUCUCUCUCAUUAAGCUCAUCCAGACCUUCUCUACGCCUCAUGCGACACAACCACAGCCUUUUGCGCUCCAUCCACACCUGACGACAAGCGGGGCAUAUACGCAUCCUAUAAUUGUGCUGGUCAAUGCUCUUCUCACGCAAAAACGUAUCAUCUUCCUCGGCCAUAACCGACCUUCCGGUGAAGUCGCUGAAGCAGUUCUUGCGGCUUGUGCCCUUGCAUCGGGUGGAAUGCUGCGGGGCUUCGUGCGCCAUGCUUUCCCCUAUACCGACUUGACAAAAGUCGACGAUCUUCUCAAAGUCCCCGGCUUCAUCGCCGGUGUCACGAAUCCUGCGUUCUCAUACAAGCCUGAAUGGUGGGAUCUGUUAUGCGACCUUCCGACUGGGCGGAUGAAGAUUAGUAACAAGAUUGAACUGCCUCAACCAACAGAAGGCCAAGUGUUCUUCCAGAGUCAAGGUAUACCCGUCGGAAUCUAUCCAUCAGGAAGCGACAAAGCCGCCGACCCCACAGGAGAUACACACUUCAUGGAAAGCCUUGUAGCGAGCAUUGCCAAUCGCCACGGCGAAAAUGCUAUCCGUGCCAAAUGGCGGUCAUGGGUUCUUAAGUUUGCCCGCAUAUCCGCCGCCUUCGAGGAGACCGUCUAUGGCGCCUCCGCACUCUUCGUCGGCUCCCACGAAACAGAAGAAAACGUCUACGGGGUCUCUGGUCAUGGCUUCGUCUGGCCCGACGAGAUUUCGAAACUGCGGGAGUUAGCGGCGAACGUGCACCGUGUGGAAGGGUGGAGGAAUACAAGGAGUUAUUACAGUUUUAUCCAGGAUCUGGCGCGACAGUGGGAAAAGCGACCCGUUCGGGGCAUCGACCUCCAUCACCAGCAUGAUAAACUCCGCUGUCUAAAGUUGACACAUGAUCAGUCCGCUGCCAUCUACCUGGCGCUUGCCCGCUGCGUCGAAGAAGCUGGCGGGCCCAAGCCUUCGCCCUCACCAUCGGACACAGACCUUUCCACCACCACGACCUCACAAUCUCUCACUAUAGCGAACGAUCCAGACCGCAAGCCAGGCGAGCAGUUACAGUACGAUACGGUCCUGCAGCUCCUCUGCGUCAUUCCCGAAACGAACUCGGGGCUUUUCUAUCUUAGCCUAGGCCUCUUCCAUCCAAGACAGGACGUCAGGGCUGCGGUGGUGAAGCUCCUAGAGAGGAUAAUAGAACAUCCAGCCGGAAGACAUUUCUGGGCCACACUGGGGCGAUUCGCAAAGCUCGCAUUUUUCCGAGUUAAGAGAGAGGAAAGCCGGGAGGUAAAGACGUAG